AACAUGGCUGACAUAAAAACAAGAUAAAACGCUGACAGCAACAACAACAAUAAACAAACAAAAAGAAAAAGGGGGAGGAGCUAUGGCGAUUCUGUUCCAUCCUCGCUAGAAAUGGACCAGCGCCAUCGACGACGGCUGAGCACCAUCUGUUCUCACCUCCAUCCCCACUGUCCGUUCCCUCAUCAACGGCCCGGAUCUCUCCAUCCCUCUGCCGUUUCUAGUGAUAACAGAGCUCAGGACAAGCCUUGUGUCUUUUGCAGCAUCAGUAGAGGAGAGUCCGAAGCGUUUAAGCUUUAUGAGGAUGAUAUGUGUGUUUGCAUUUUGGAUUCCAAUCCAUUAACUCAUGGGCACUCUCUCAUCAUUACAAAAUCUCAUUAUCCUUCUUUGGAUGCAACUCCAGCACUAGUUGUAGCAGCUAUGUGCUCCAAAGUACCUUUUCUCAGCAAUGCAAUUAUGAAAGCUACUCAAAGUGGUAGUCUGAUUGCACGAGGAAUGCAGAUUCAUUCAACUUGCUGGUUAACAGUGGAUCAGCUGCAGGACAAAGAUUUCGAUUUCAGACUCAUUUCCACAUCAUUCCUCGUAAAUCAGGAGACAAGUUGUGGCCUUCAGAGAAUUCGAGAAGGCGACCCCUAAUAUAUAACCAGAAUACUGUUGUUCUUGUUGAUUGUAUCAAAGGACAGCUUUAUUCUUCACCUUCAGAUGAUAGUUGCUGCAGUUGUGAAUCUAUUCUCACGAAGAACUGUUAAAGCUUAGAAUAUGUACACUGUUUGUAUCUUAUGGGUGUUGCAAAUAUGCAUAUUUGUUUUAGAAAUUCCGAUUGGACUCGCAUUGGUUGCCAUCAACUGUGUGUAAUAGAAUAUUCCCUGGAUCAUUAAUGUAAAGUGGAAGACGUUAUUCUCUCUGUUCAUAG